CCCUCCCUCCGCUCGCUCUAGCUCAGUAUAAAAACUCAUGCCCAAGCGUAGUCUGUCCUUUUCUCCGGUCUAAAUCAGGGGACAUUCGUUAGCUUCUCGGGCACAGCAAAACCUUCAAAAUGGGAAAGGAAAAGAUUCACAUAAACAUCGUGGUCAUUGGUCAUGUCGAUUCCGGCAAAUCGACCACCACAGGGCAUUUGAUCUACAAAUGCGGCGGCAUUGACAAGAGAACCAUCGAGAAGUUCGAGAAGGAAGCCGCUGAGAUGGGAAAGGGCUCCUUCAAGUACGCCUGGGUGCUGGACAAACUGAAAGCAGAGCGUGAGCGUGGUAUCACCAUUGACAUCGCCCUGUGGAAGUUUGAGACCGGCAGGUAUUACGUCACCAUCAUCGAUGCCCCCGGACACAGGGACUUCAUCAAGAACAUGAUCACUGGUACCUCGCAGGCUGACUGCGCCGUGCUGAUCGUGGCCGGAGGUGUGGGUGAGUUUGAGGCCGGUAUCUCAAAGAACGGCCAGACCCGCGAGCACGCCCUCCUGGCCUUCACCCUGGGCGUGAAGCAGCUCAUCGUUGGAGUCAACAAGAUGGACUCCACCGAGCCCCCCUACAGCCAGGCCCGCUUCGAGGAGAUCACCAAGGAGGUCAGCCAGUACAUCAAGAAGAUCGGCUACAACCCGGCCACAGUGGCCUUCGUGCCCAUCUCCGGAUGGCACGGGGACAACAUGCUGGAGUCCAGCGAGAAGAUGGCCUGGUUCAAGGGCUGGAAGGUGGAGCGCAAGGACGGCAACGCCAGCGGGGUCACCCUGCUGGAGGCCCUGGACGCCAUCCUGCCCCCCAGCCGCCCCACCGACAAGGCCCUCCGCCUGCCCCUCCAGGACGUCUACAAGAUCGGCGGUAUCGGGACCGUGCCCGUGGGCCGCGUGGAGACCGGCAUCCUGAAGGCCGGCAUGAUCGUGACCUUCGCCCCCGCCAACGUGACCACGGAGGUGAAGUCGGUGGAGAUGCACCACGAGACGCUGACCGAGGCCACGCCCGGAGACAACGUCGGCUUCAACGUCAAGAACGUGUCCGUCAAGGAGAUCCGCCGUGGCAACGUGGCCGGAGACAGCAAGAACGACCCCCCCAUGCAGGCCGACAACUUCACUGCCCAGGUGAUCAUCCUGAACCACCCUGGCACCAUCGCCCAGGGCUACGCCCCCGUCCUGGAUUGCCACACCGCCCACAUCGCCUGCAAGUUCAGCGAGCUCAAGGAGAAGAUCGAUCGUCGUUCCGGAAAGAAGCUGGAGGACAACCCCAAGUCCCUGAAGUCCGGCGACGCCGCCAUCAUCACCAUGGUGCCCGGCAAGCCUAUGUGUGUGGAGAGCUUCGCCCAGUACCCUCCUCUGGGUCGCUUCGCCGUGCGCGACAUGCGGCAGACGGUCGCCGUGGGCGUCAUCAAGGCCGUGGACAAGAAGAUCGGCGGCAGCGGCAAGGUCACCAAGUCCGCCCAGAAGGCGUCCAAGACCAAAUGAAUCCCGGCACGGGACGUCCCGCCGAGGAUGGCCCCGCCGCCGCCGCCGCCACCACGGCAACGGGCGUCCUCGCCUCAUCCUCCGCCCUCGCCCCGCCCCUCCCCCUCCUCGUCAGCGCAUAGCUCUCUUCUCAAGGACUGGCUUAUGCUCAUCAGAACCCACCGCAAAAGCUUCCGUAGGAAAGGAGGGCCAGUGCCCCAGCGUCCGACUGGCCUAGAGAAGAGAUUAGGGGGGUGACACACUACUUAAGAAAAUUUAAAAUAUAUCGUGGGUAAAUAAAAUGAUUUCAUUUAUCGUUCAUUGCCAAAAAAGGAGAA